GGAGAGGUGUGACUGCUCUCCUGGCAUCAGAUUUCUGUUCUCCCAGCAGAAAGCAAUCUGACAAAGGAAGGCUUGAAAGGUUCCACGAUGCUGCUCCAGCUACUCUCUGUCUUCUGGGAGGCCUUGUCCCUGCAGGUCAUUCUGGUGUUUCUGGCAACGUUUCUGCUUCUUGCUGAUUACAAGAAAAGGAUUCGCCCAAGGGAUUUCCCCCCAGGGCCCAGGCCUCUUCCCUUGCUGGGUAAUAUACCACAUUUUGGUGCAAAGAACCCUCAUUUGGCAGCACGGAAGCUGGCAGAAAAAUAUGGCAAUGUCUUCAGCAUUCAGGUUGGGAAAAUAUGGAUCGUGAUCGUGAAUGGAUUGCAUCUGGUGAAGGAAGCUCUGGUCCAUCAGGGUGAAAACUUCAUAGAUCGUCCAGUUGAUCCUCUUUCCAAGGAAAUCACUAGGUCAUUGGGACUGAUCGCCUCUAAUGGUCUCACCUGGAAACAACAGAGACGAUUUGCCAUAUCAAUGCUCAAAAACUUUGGUUUGGGUAAAAGGACUUUAGAAGAACGAAUACAGGAAGAGUGCCGAUACCUAAACGAAGCUAUUGAAGCUGAGAAAGGGCAACCAUUUGACCCUCAGUUUCAGAUUAAUAAUGCUGCUUCAAAUAUCAUUUGUUCUGUCACUUUUGGGGACCGCUUUGAUUACCAUGACACUAAUUUCCAGAAGUUAUUGCUUUUCCUUGAUGAGAUAAUAUACCUUCAGGGAUGUAUUUGGACUCAGCUGUACAAUGCAUUUCCCACUCUCAUGAAGCACUUGCCAGGCCCCCAUCAGACUGUUAUUAAAAACUGGGGACAACUGAAAUCCUUUGUGAGAGAAAUCAUUGAAAAACAUGAAGAAGACCGGAACCCAUCUGCACCCAAAGAUUUCAUAGAUGCCUAUCUAAAUCAUAUGGCCACGGAGGAUGCUGCUUCCAGUUUUCAUAAAGACAACCUCCUACAAUCAACACUGGAUCUCUUUUUUGCUGGAACAGAAACAUCUUCCACAACCCUGCGCUGGGCCUUGCUUUACAUGGCCAUUUCCCCGGAAAUUCAAGCCAGAGUCCAAGUGGAAAUAGAUUCUGUGAUUGGCCAGUCUCGCCAACCAGCGAUAGGUGACAAGGACAGCAUGCCCUAUACCAAUGCGGUUGUUCAUGAAGUUCAAAGGAUGAGCAGCAUUGUGCCUUUGAAUGUGCCCCGGAUAGCAACUAAGGACACUACACUGGCUGGGUUUCAUGUGCCCAAAGGGACCAUAUUGCUUGCCAAUUUGACCUCUGUGCUGUUUGAGAAGGAUGAGUGGGAAACCCCCAAUGUGUUUAAUCCUGGCCAUUUCCUGGAGAAUGGUCAGUUCCGGAAAAGGGAAGCAUUCCUGCCAUUCUCUGCAGGAAAGCGAGCUUGUCUUGGAGAGCAAUUGGCGAGGAUUGAGCUUUUUCUUUUCUUCACUGCCCUACUUCAGAAGUUCACUUUCCAGGCUCCAAAAGGCAUGACAUUGAGCCUUGACCAUCGGUCAGGUCUUACAUUAUCUCCCCAGCCGUAUCGGAUAUGUGCAUUCUCUCGCUGAGGGGACUCAAAAUUUGUUGGCUCUGCUCAUUAAAAGAAGAUGGUGAAGAAUUUGGCCAGCAUUGCCUCCUUAGUUUCUGUCCUUAGUGACAAUCAGUUCCCUAAACUCCAGGGUCAUAGCUCAAUAGUAAUGCAUGUCCGUUGUAUUUAGAAGACCUCAGGUUCAAUCUGCAUGACUGGUGUGUGGUUCUUCUCAUAAAUGAUCACAAGUAUGUGACUUUUAAAAUUGUUCCAGUGGCACAGCUAGGGCAAUGUCUUAUAAACAAACAAAGCCUUGAAUCUGAACCACUUAAACAUUCAAAUGCCAGAUAAAUAACCUACUCUGGAGAAAGGUUGCAGAUGUAACCUGGAUUGCAAGUAUAACAAUAAAAGAGCUCAGUUGGAACUUCAAGUUGUAGACUUUGAUGUCCAAGCUUGCACAAGAGAGCUUUCCCCCCACUUCUCCAGGGGCACCCCCCCAAGGUGCAAGUACAACGGGGGUGGAAAGACAGCAGGUGGUCUGUCUGUCUGGAAAGCUGAAAUGCUUGCCCUGUUGGUGUUGUUGCACAUUAUUAAAUUUGUCCCCUAAUGUGGAAGUAGCCCUAGCAGGAGACACUACAUAAGGUCAGUGACUAAUUCAUAAAACAAGAGGCCUUUAAUUCAUAAAACUGGUCACCAUAAAUGUGGCAGAUGUUUAUCUUGCCCAUCUUCUUUGCAGACUAAAGAAAUUUAUGAUGAAAAAACCAAUUUGAGAUUUGUUAUUCAUCAAUUUAGUACAUGUCAGACCAGAGAUGUGGUCUACCUUAUUCAAUGUCCUUGUAAUCUAUUGUACAGUGGUGCCUCGCUUAACGAAUGCCCUGCUUAACGAAAUUUCUGCUUAACGAAAGGUUUUUUCUAGCGGAGGUUGCCUCGCUAGACGAAUGCGUUUUAUGAAAAAUUCAUCUAGCGAAUCGCGGUUUCCCAUAGGAAUGCAUUGAAAUUCAAUUAAUGUGUUCCUAUGGGCAAAAAAAAAAUAAUCAAAAAAAUUCAAUGCAUUCCUAUGGGAUUCGCUAGACGAAUUUUUCGUUAUAAGAAAAGACCUG